UCAAUUAUGCGAAGGAAAAAGGGAAUUAAAAAUCUAUAAAAAGAGACGCUUGUGGGAGAGUCAUGGGUCCACUUCCUUCCUUCUUCUCCGAUACUUUUUCGAACUUUCCCUGAAAACCACUUCUUUCAAUCUCACAUUUCUCAUUGAGAAAAUGAGUUUCAUCGAUUUCGACAGCGUGAAAGCAGAGAAAGCCAAGGCACUGCAUCGUUUCCAUAGCAUUGGUUUCCUCUUCCGUAUCACGGAGAUCUGCGUCGCUCUUCUCUUACUCUGUUGGAUAUUCACUUCCCUUCCUUUCGCCGUCCAAAUCUCCCGCGAGUUUCUCCGCCGUAUCUCUUACGUCGUCUCCACUCCUCUCUUCAUGUUCGUCCUCGGAAACUUCAUCGUCGUCGCUCUUCUCACCACCAAAUCCACCGUCUUCUCCGCCGCUAGUACCAUAGACGGCGGAGCAGAGGCGGAUAUCUACGACGCGUUUAUCAGAACCGGAGAUAGCCGCGCAAAUUCUUCCGACAUUGGAGAUCUGACGGAAGAGAUCAUCGUCUACGACGAUAAACAGAUAAUAAACACCGAAACUGACUCAAACUCAAAUCCCACGGCGGCGCGUGAAGAUCACGCGCAAAUAGAACCGGAGAAGAAAUCGGUUUCCGUCACCGAUUCACCGAAGGAUCAUCCUCUUACGAAAGUUUACCGGAGGAGCAAGUCGGAAAUCUCUGCGAAACAGCGUCCAGUGACGGUGUCGAAACCUUUUCUCCGGCGAUCGGAGACGGAGAAUUGCCGGGAAAUAGUGGAGGCGUGCGAAGACGUUCCGUUUCCGGAGGACAAUCUGACGAACGAAGAGUUUCAGAAAACGAUCGAAGCAUUCAUCGCGAAACAGUUGAUAUUCCGUCGCCGGGAAUCACUCGCCGUCGUUAUCCAUAACCAAAAAUAAACAGAGUUUUAAUAUAUAGGCAUAAACUAUGUAAUGUAACUUCGAUAUCAAACCAAAAACAAAGUUUUGUAAGGAAGAACAUCAAAGAGAUCGGUUCCAUCUCAUGUGUUCCUUUUGUUGUUUGGAUUAAAUACGUACACUCAUA